AUGUUAAUUUCUUGCCCAGCCAAGGACUUCGAAUAUACUACACCCGUUAUCACAGUCCAAGAGGAGAGCUUGAAGCACACACCCUUUCUCGCUUCAAGGGCUUUUCACUAUCUCGCGGGCCCCGAGCAUCUUAAGGCCCGAGUAUCCAAGCUUCUUGCUCUGAGAGCCGAGGCAGGCAUUCAUGAACGGCCUUUGAUAAUUUGGGAACCAGCUCCUCUUUUAUGCCGACCAGAAAACCUCGACGCAUGUCUCGAAGCUGCAGCCUCGGUGGACGUCUUUUCUCCAAACCAUCUAGAACUGGCCAAGCUUUUCUCGAAAUCUCAUUCAGAUGUGAUCGACAAGAAAAAGAUUGAGGACUUCGCGUCCAAAUGUGUGGAUCGAGGAGUCGGUCCAGACAGUAACGCCACGGUGAUCGUGCGUGCUGGCGAGAAUGGGUGUUUCAUCAGCAAUAGGAAUAAUCUUUCCACAUGGCUUGACCCGUUCUAUACCAUGAUGCCAGGAGAGGAGCCGAAUUCGAAGAUUGUCGAUCCCACCGGAGCAGGAAAUGCGUUCCUCGGGUCGUAUGCUGUAGGAUAUCUCAAGACAGGAAGUGUUACCAAGGCGGCUUGCUACGGCUCAGUUGGUGCAUCUUUUGCACUCGAGCAAGUUGGGAUCCCACGAGUAAGUGUUCAGUUAAACGAGGAGCUGUGGAAUAAUGCCAGUGUCCUGUCCAGGUUGCAGGAAUACAUGGCGCGCCAGAAUUGGAACAGUCGAGGCGAUCAACCUGAGAGCACUGAAUCUAAACCAUAG